UCUCUCAGUUUGGUCCUCUGUAGCUCUGUGACUAUCAAGAGGCUUUUUCCUACCCUCAGAGCCCUGUUUGGAAAACUCCCUUCAAGAGCUGAACUCCAAGUACAGCGACUUCAUAGGAGGCAGCAGAAAGGCACCAUGUCUGCAGAAACACCAAUCUCCCUGAAUAUGGACAUCCAGGAUCUGCAGGUCCAGACAAUCACUGUGGAGAAGCUGCUAGAGCCCCUGAUAAUCCAGGUUACUACACUUGUAAAUUGCCCACAGAAUCCUUCCAACAGGAAAAAGGGACGGUCAAAGAGAGCCAGAGUUCUCCUGGCUUCUGUGGAGGAAGCAACUUGGAAUCUGUUAGACAAGGGGGAGAAGAUAGCCAAGGAAGCAACAGCUUUAAAAGAAGAGCUAACAGCUGCACUCCAGGAAGUUCGCAAAGAGAGCAAUGCUCUGAAGGUAUCAGCGGAGAGAUUUACAGAUGACCCCUGUUACCUCCCGAAAAGGGAGGCUGUUGUUCAAGCCGCCCGCGCCUUGUUGGCAGCAGUUACAAGACUCCUUAUCCUUGCGGACAUGAUUGAUGUCAUGUGUCUCUUGCAGCAUGUGUCAUCUUUCCAAAGAACAUUUGAGUCUCUUAAAAAUGUUUCCAACAAAUCUGACCUGCAGAAGACCUACCAGAAGCUUGGGAAAGAGCUGGAAAACCUGGAUUAUUUAGCCUUCAAACGUCAGCAGGUGCAGGUGGGCUAUGUGGCUCCCUUGGUCACUGAUGCAAUGGGAGAAUUGUUGAGUGGUGCGGGUGAGGAGGAUGUUGCUGUCUGGUCACUGGAGCUGCAGUAG